AUGGACACGUAUCAACAUAAUGAACUAUUAUCGCAAGGAGUUAAAUAUAUUAGAAAAAGCAAAAAUUCUAGCGUUGUAAAGAAAGAUCAGCAGAAGGUAGCAGAGGUUAAUUCUAGUUUCGACACGACGUGUAGAAUGAGAGCCCAAGAACUUAUUGAUAAUUGGAAGGCAAGACUUGAAGCUGAAGUGAAAGAUACAAAUUCUAAUGAAAACCUUAUUUGCGGCAAUAAUGAACAACAUACCUCAUUACCAAACAAUAAUCAAACUUCUCAUAAAAGAAAUAAUUUGGUUGAAGAGAAGAAUACAAAUGAACUCAUCGAGUUCCUACAAAAACGAAAUUUGUCCUUGAAUGCAGAUUAUUUCGAAGUUUUGAGCAACUGA